UUCGGUGCAGUGGCCAGGCCUUCUCCUCUGCCGACCUCUCCGCCGCCUCUUGGGCAUGAGCGGGGCCUCCCGCCACGGCCUGCUGCCCUACCUGCCGGCGCCCCCGCUGCAGGAUCCCGAGGGUGGGCCCGCGCUGGGAACAUGCUCCAUUCCGCCUACUGCUACGUGCGGGUCGUGGGCAGGGGCAGCUACGGGGAGGUGACGCUCGUGAAGCACCGGCGGGACGGCAGGCAGUAUGUCAUCAAAAAACUGAACCUCCGAAAUGCCUCUAGCCGAGAGCGGCGAGCUGCUGAACAGGAGGCUCAGCUCUUGUCUCAGCUGAAGCACCCCAACAUUGUCACCUACAAAGAGUCAUGGGAGGGAGGAGACGGUCUUCUCUACAUUGUCAUGGGCUUCUGCGAAGGAGGUGAUCUGUACCGGAAGCUCAAGGAGCAGAAAGGACAGCUUCUGCCCGAGAGUCGAGUGGUAGAGUGGUUUGUACAGAUCGCCAUGGCUUUACAGUAUUUACAUGAGAAACAUAUCCUUCAUCGAGACCUGAAAACUCAAAAUGUCUUCCUGACAAGAACAAACAUCAUCAAAGUGGGUGACCUAGGAAUUGCACGAGUGUUAGAAAAUAAUAGCGACAUGGCCAGCACCCUCAUUGGCACACCCUAUUACAUGAGCCCUGAAUUGUUUUCAAACAAACCCUACAAUUAUAAGUCUGAUGUUUGGGCUUUGGGAUGCUGUGUCUAUGAAAUGGCCACUCUGAAGCAUGCUUUCAAUGCGAAAGACAUGAAUUCUUUAGUUUACCGGAUUAUUGAAGGAAAGCUGCCACCAAUACCAAGAAUUUAUAGCCCAGAGCUGGCAGAACUGAUCAGAACAAUGCUGAGCAGACGGCCUGAAGAAAGACCCUCUGUGAGAAGCAUCCUGAGGCAACCUUACAUAAAACACCAAAUAUCCUUAUUUUUGGAGGCCACAAAGGCAAAAACUUCCAAAAAUAACAUAAAAAAUGGUGACUCUAAAUCCAAACCUGUUGCUGCGGUCAUUUCCAGAAAGGCAGAAUCAGACCAUGACGUGAUCCACCACCACCCUCACUGUUCUGAGGCUUCCAAGACAUAUGUAAUGGGUGAAGACAAUUGUUUGACCCAAGAGAGACCUGUGGUUAUUGGUCCCUUGAAAUCGCCUGCUAGUCCAAAAGGCCACACUGGCAAACCAGACAUGAGCAAGACUACAGAAUCAUUAGCUACGAUUAGUAGAGUAAAUAUUGACAUCUUACCUGCAGAAAGGAGAGACUUAAUGAAUGAUGGCUCAGUUCAAGAGAAUCAACCAAGACAUUUAGAUGCUGCUAAUGAGCUAGGUCAGUGUACCAUUUCUCAAGUGAAAGAGAAGACACAGGACAACACGGAAUCCAGGGCUCAGCCUGAAAUCCCGAUUCCCAUACGGUGCUCUGAUAAUGGCCAUAGGGAGGGAAAUGAACCAGUGAAGCCAUUCCAGCACCUAAAUAAAGACCAGAGGCCAAAGGACCAGGAACAAGUUGCUGAUGAAUAUAUUAUGGAAAAGCAGGGCACAAUCCAUCUUGGUUUGCAGCCACACAACUCUGAGUCUGAACCAUCCCUUUCCCGACAGCGAUGGCAGAAGAAAAGAGAACAGACUGAGCACAGCGGGGUAAAGAGCCAGUUAAAAGAAGCACCUCCUCAGUUUUUGCCCUCUCAUCCUACUGUUGGAAAAGUGAAUGUCAUAUCAACACGAAACGUUGAAAACCAAAGUAGACUAGCCAGUGAAUCUGUGAGCCGUUCUACAAACAGUGAGAUAUCAUCAUCAAAGGAUCGACCAUUAUCAGCCAGAGAGAGGAGACGGCUAAAGCAGUUACAGGAAGAGAUGUCCCCUUCAGGCUCUUCAGUGAGGAGUGCAACUGGGCCAGGGAAACCACAGGAAGAAGGCCAUUCCAUCCCUACCCGACGGUUCUCUUCUGACUCCAGUAUUGCUCAGGAAAGAAAACUGAUUCAUUGUCUGUCUGAGGAUGAGUUAAGUUCUUCUACAAGUUCAACAGAUAAGUCAGAUGGGGAUUCCAGGGAAGGGAAAAGUCAUACAAAUGAAAUGAGUGACUUGGUACAGCUGAUGACUCAGACCCUUAAACUGGAUUCUAAAGACAGCUGUGAAGAUAUCUUGGUACCAAAUCCAGUUCCAGAAUUCAAACUUCAUCGGAAGUAUCGUGAUACGCUGGUACUUCAUGGGAAAGUUGCAGAAGCAGCAGAGGAACUCCAAUUUAAAGAGCUGCCUUCAGCUAUCUUGCCAAGUUCUGAAAGGAUCAGAAGAAUAAUUGAAAUCUUGAGAGCUGAUGUAAUCCAGGCCUUGGGAGUUCAGCUUUUAGAACAAGUGUAUGAUCUUUUGGAAGAGGAAGAUGAAUUACAGAGAGAGGUACGUUUACAGGAGCACAUGGGUGAAAAGUAUACCACUUACAGUGCAAAAGCUCGUCAGUUGAAAUUUUUUGAAGAAAACAUGAAUUUUUGAGAAUUUUGUUACAAUCUGCUAGAACUAAAGCUAUUCUCAAAGGUUUUGUCUUAAAAAGCAAACUAUUACAGUUUAGGUAGCAUUCACCAUUCUUUUAUAUCUCUUUGGGAUUUUCUUAUGGAAAAGAACAAAGUAAUAUAAAGCAAGUUCAAAGACAGUAAAAAAAAAGCUUUUGAUUUUCAUACUCUUUUUAUGAGGAAAAAAUGUUACAUUUGUUUGGUUACUGUUUACUGAGCCGAAACCAAUUUUAUAUUUUAACUUUAUUUUUUUAAGGUACUAAUUAGCUUGAAAACAGUGCCAGAAAGCAUUGGUUUCAGUUAUUUUAUUAUAGUAAUAAUACAACAGUAGAAACAAGUGACAUGGCCAGUGAUAAUAUCUGCUAUUGUUAGGAAGUACUGUGUGUGCAAUAUAUACAUAUACAUAUACAUAUAUAUACACACACACAUAUAUAUGUUAUAUAUAUAUUGCACACACAGAGUAGUUGAGAUAUAUAUAUGUAUAUUGUCAAUUUACUAUUCUGGGAAUAGAUUUAAAGAAUAUGAAGUUCUAUGUAGUAUUUGAGAAACUGGUUUUCUUUUUACAUAAUGAUGAACUGUUAAUAUUUUACUUACUAUGAAUCCCAUUUAGGUAUAUGAGAAUUGGAUCUAAAGUAUUAAAAUACUUUGUAAAUCAUGUUUUCAUAUAUUAGUUUUAUUAGAUUUAUAUUUCUACCAGCAAGAAGUCUCUUAAACACUCCUUUUUCAAUUAAGCAAUUUGUGAGUAAAGUCCAGGUCCUUUACUUAUAUUGAGCACAUGUAAUGUUUGUCUGCUGAAAUACGUCUUCAUGUACAUCAAAAUAGUUUCCUUUCUAUGUAUGGCUGUAUAUCACAUCAUUUGUUUGAUAAGAAAUACUGCCUACACAGGAAAUAGUUUUUAUAAAGUAAAAUACAAGACCUAGCCAGUAAAUUUUCACUUUGUAUUUAAAUGACUCUAGAAAUAAAUACUCCAGAUGUUCUUAGUUUCUUAUAAAAAUACUUUCUUCAAAAUUUACACACACACAAAAAUACUCUAAUGAAAUUUUCUUUUAGUCAGUUGUUUUUAUUAUGUGCUAGGUGCUUUGCCAGGAGCUGAUAUAGCAGUGAAUAAAACAACACUUCCUUGCUCUUACA